GGAAGUUUGAAUUAACUUGGGAAAAUCGAAGUAUACCCAGAAUCUUAGUAAUUUGCAUUUGUAGGUUAAGGGGAGCUAUGUACCAAAAAGCAAUACAAAAAUCGAUUUUUUAUUUCAUAUUUUAAUUACUACAUUUUUCUUCUGUUAAGAAAAGAUUUUUUAUGGCUAAAAAUUCAAAAAUGAAAAUAUCACUAGAAAAAUCAAAGACGCAUGUGAGUGACGAAUGCGCGACCGAUAACCACGACGCAUUGUCAUGCGUGGCAAUUCCACUACGAUCAUAUAAUUCAUGUUUAGAAUAUUGGGUUUCUUGGAUUUUAGGACAAUUUUUCUUAUGUAUCUGUAAAAGCUUGUUUUUAUAAGCUGUAUAUAAUACUAGAGAGUAGCUUGAAAUUCUAGUUUGGGCAUAUGGCUUCAAGGUUUAUAGAUCAACAUGGUCGAUGUUAUCAACCGUCGAUAUUUUAUUGUAAUUUUACCAUCAAUUUUGAGUAUCUUUGGUAGCCAGUUUUUGAGUAUAAAGUAUAAUAUUCUUUUGAUUUAAAAUUUCAAAGAGAGGAUUUUGUUUGAGAUUCGAGGAAAGAGUGGGACCAUAUUCCAUCUGCCUGGCAGUGCUUUGCGCGGUCCUGGUGACAUAUACAAGUGCAGGAAAAAUAAUGGCUUCAAACAGUCCUCUGUCAGUAAUAGCGAACGCCAGUAACUCUUUCAGCAGCGACUUCUUUAAGCGGUUGGUGCAGGAGAAGUCUGGCAAUAUAAUAUGUUCUCCAUUAAGCGCCAAUAUCGUAUUGGCUAUGGCGGCCUAUGGUGCCCGUGGAAACACUGCUCUCCAGAUGAGGCAAACAUUAAGGCUUUCUAAGGAAGAUGCUACAGGUCAAAGUGGCUAUGAUUCUCUUAUCACUACCUUGAAUGCUGUUAAGAAUGUGGAUUUACGAGUUGCUAAUAAAAUCUUUAUCGCUAAGGCGUUCGAGGUAAAGCCCGAAUACGCGGCUAUUACUAAAAACACUUUCCACUCGGAAUGUGAGAAAAUAGACGUUUCAAAUUCAGCAGCUGCUGCAGCUACUAUCAACUCAUGGUGUGCUAAUAAUACGAAUAAUCGUAUAAAAGAUCUGAUCAGUCCUGAUGCUAUCAACGAUUUGACUAGAUUGGUACUGGUGAAUGCUGUUUACUUCAAGGGCGACUGGAAAGUUAAAUUUGAUAAUAAGCUCACCAAGGACCAACCCUUCCAUAUCAAUUCAAAUACAGUUAAGCAAGUGCCGACUAUGACAAGCACUUCCGUGUAUUUGUACGGUCAGCUUGAUAAUCUUGAUGCCAGGUUCAUUGAACUUCCCUAUAAGGGCGAUGAGCUCAGUAUGGUUAUAAUUAUGCCUAACGAGAUUGAAGGGCUUCAGCGUAUUGAAAACAAUAUUCAUGAGGUGGAUUUCAGUCGGUUACCACAGUUAGGUCGCAAGCAGGAAGUAAUCCUUCACCUACCAAAGUUCAAAAUUGAGACAACCAUGGAACUCAAUGAUUUACUGAAAAAGGUGGGCAUGACUGACAUGUUCACGGAUGCCGCCAAUUUCUCAGGCAUUUCCGAUAUCCCUCUUAAGGUAAGCAGCGUCGUCCAGAAAGCCUUCAUCGAGGUCAAUGAAGAAGGCAGUGAAGCUGCUGCAGCUACCGGCUUGAAGAUGGUGGUGAAAAAAAAAAAUAUUCGGCGGCCAUCAAUUACCACAAUGAGGGUCGAUCGUCCCUUCUACUAUGCGAUCAUUGAGCAUCAUCAAGAUUCAAGCAGCAAACAGAUCCUUGAUCUCUUUCACGGUUACCUGCGUGUUCCUGCGUCUUCAUUAGGAACGACUUAAACUUUAUUUAGUUUUAUUAGAGUUUCUCUUGCGUGUUGCUUUUGAGUACCGUUUUGCAAAAAUAGAUUCUUGAUUUGUUUACUCCUAAGAGAUGAGGUUGAGUCUUCCUCUAUUUCUUAAUCUUCAGUAUUCUCAAUGUGCAUGGAAUCCUUAUUGACAAGCCUAUAGCUAAAAUGGAAUACCUAUCUGUCCUGUAGUAUUCUUGAGAGCCAAUUACAAAUCUCUAAUCUAUUACAGCAGUAUGCUACGGUCAAAGGAUACUUAUGAAUUAGCCAGUUGUCUCCGCAUCCCUUUGGUUAACCUGAGGAAUCCUUUCUCUCUAAAGCAAUUCCCUACUGACUGCAAUUUCAUUUUACUAGACACAACUUAUUAGACAGUUUAUGAGCAUGUUGUGUCAUGUUUAUGUCAAGUAAAAAAACACCUGUGAGUGACUUGUGAUUUUA